GAGCUGAAGGUCACACACCACACAGAAGGCUGUUCGUGGAGCUAUCAAUCAUUUAAUAAAACCCAGUUAAUCCAAUUUUGGUGUGCAUAUGUGUGUGUGGGGUGGGGGGGCAUUUGCCUCCUCUUUCUCCGGGUUCUUCUCCAGCAAAUCUGGGGUAGAUGCCUAUGAGGUACUCUCAGAGGCAAUGCGCUGGUUGCUGUGAAAUCAGGGGUUAAAGCUUUAAUUGAAGGUAUCUCUGCUGGCUGUUGUAGCGCCUAACUGCUUGGGGUGGGAGAUGCUGCUGCUGCUCCUGCUGCUGCUGCAAGGCGUGUCUGAGGCUGAGCUCAUGUGAUGAAGAGAGGGAAAAACAAGGGUGGGGGAGGAGGCAUAGAGGUGGUGGCUUUUUUUUUUUUUUAAAGGAGUUUGCAGAGAGCUUGUCGCCCUCAUUCGCAGUCCCGACUCAUCUCGAAGAGGCAGGUGAAUCCAAGUGGUUGGGGACUACGGUCCCUAAGGAGUCUGUCCUCCCUCUUCCCCAACCGACUGCUGGGAAUCUCCGUGAGAUUGGUGAAAAGCCGAUCGGUGCGGUGUGUUGCGGCUGACCCGAGGAGAACCGCAGUGGAGCCAUGGGCGCGGGGAGCUCGACAGUGACGGCGCAGCCGGGGUCGCCUCUGGAUGCACCCGAGCCGGGAGCUGCAGGGGCCCCGGCGCUAGCGGAGCAGGAGAACAGCAGCCCCUCUUCGGAGGCUGCAGCCACAGCUGCAGCAGCUGCGCUGGAACCUCCGGUAGACCACGACACGAGCGCAGCCCCCGCUUCUCCCAAGCUUCUACAGAAGAAUGGACAGAUAAACAACAUUAAUGGCAUACCAGAAGAACAAACAGGAGAUACACACGAGCAGCAAGAAGCAAUUGUUUUAGAUGUUGGACAAAGAGACUCCGAAAACAUGAUUGAAAAAGAUGAGCUGGAUAAUACUCUGGUAGCUAGAUCAGCAUCUAGUGUGCAGGAUGUUCAGGGGACUGUGCAUGAAAUAAUUGAGCAAAUGCCUUUGUCAGAAGAUAACAUAGAAGAGUUGGAGCAACCUACAGAAUCUCACUCAAAUGAUGUUGGAUUUAAAAAGGUGUUUAAGUUUGUUGGCUUUAAAUUUACUGUGAAAAAGGAUAAGAGUGAUAAGUCUGACCCUGUUGAAUUACUCACAGUCAAAAAAGAUGAAUAUGAUGAUGGAGAAGCGAAUGGAGCUGAUGAUUAUCAAGAUUCAGGUUCAGAAAAUGAAGCAUUAUCUAAAGAGAUUGAAUCAACUCAAUUAGUUGGGACAGAUGAAGAAAGCCAAAAAGAGAGUGCAGAUCCUGAGGAAGGCAAGAAUUCUGAUGAAGAGAAACAAGAAAAAGUAGGCAACAAAUCUUCUGAAUCUGAAAGUAUAUCAUCAUUCAAAAAGUUUUUCAGUCUAGGUUGGGCUGGCUGGAGAAAAAAGACCACUUAUAAGAAAUCUAAGGAGGAUGAGCCAGAUACUUCUGAGAAGAAAAAGGAACAAGAAGUGGGGAAAGGCGAUAUAGUUGAAAUUUAUGAAGGAAAGAAAAAUGAACAAUCAACUGAACAUCUACCCCACCAUGAGGCCAUUGAAAGUACAAAAGAUUCCAGUGUGUCUGAGAAUGAAAAAGUACAUAGGUCUCCUGAAGAUCAAGUUCAAGGACAAAUACUUUGUGAAGAAAAAACUGCUCCUUUAGCCACAGAAGUGUUUGAUGAAAAGGUAGAAACAGUAGCAGAAGUUCAUGUCAGUACCGUGAAAGAGCAAGAACAAAUAGAAAAUCAGAGUGUUGAGGUAGAACAGGUUGUUGGGUCUUUUGUCCUUGCAGCAAUUGAAACAAAUGCAGAUUUGAAGAAAGCUGAAGUGACAGAGAAGUUGGUCAAGACCAAAGAAGUGGUAUGUGCUUCUGGAGAUGAUUAUGUUAAACUAGCUGAACCAAGUCCUGAAGUAUCAGUCUUGUGUCAGCAACAUGAAGGCAUCACAAAUGAGGUAGAAAUACUGUCCUCGCAAGAAAGAGGGAGAUUGCAAGGAAGCCCAUUAAAGAAACUUUUUAUUGGUACUGGAUUAAAAAAACUGUCUGGAAAGAAACAUAAGGGGAAAAGAGGAGAUGAUGAAAUGAAGCCAGACGAAUCAGGGGAGCUUAUACAAGUGUCAGGAGAUUCUCCAGAAACUCCAGAGGAACAAAAAGGUGAAAGUUCUGCUUCAUCCCCUGAAGAACUGGCUGAGGUAACCUCUGUAGAGAAAGGUAUUGUAGAAGCACCACAGGAGGUUGAGAUUGAAGAAGAAGGAGCUGUUUCAGAUGGAGAGAAAAAGAGAGAAGGUGUCACUCCCUGGGCCUCUUUUAAAAAGAUGGUGACACCCAAGAAACGUAUUAGAAGGCUUUCUGAAAGUGAUAAGGAAGAUGAAAUUGAGAAAGUAAAGAGUGCUACCCUUUCUUCGACUGAAAGUGCAGUCUCUGAUAAUCAGGAGGAGAUGAAAGGACAUGGGGAGGAUCAGAAGAUAGAAGAGCCAAAGCGUAAGGUUGAUACUUCAGUGUCCUGGGAAGCCUUAAUUUGUGUUGGAUCUUCCAAGAAAAGAGCAAGGAAGUCAUCAUCUUCUGAUGAAGAAGGAGGUUCUAAAGUUGUUAAUGGAGAUUCCCAGAAAACAGAAGAUACAGGAAAAAGUAAAGAAUCUGGGACCGAAAUAACACAUAUGAAUUCCCAUGAAGGUGAUCAAGGGCAGAUAAAUUCUUCCCCUGAGCUAGCUGGAAGCCCAGUUGAAGGAGAGGGAGUUUCCACAUGGGUGUCAUUUAAAAGAUUAGUUACUCCAAGAAAAAAGUCAAAAUCAAAAAUGGAAGAGAGAAAUGAGGAAUCUGUAACUAUUUCUGGCAUAGAACAUUCUCUUUCAGAGAUAGAACCUGUGAAAGAAGAAUCUUGGGUUUCAAUCAAGAAACUCAUUCCUGGUCGGAGAAAGAAAAGGUUAGAUGGGAAACAAGAACAAAUUCCUGCUGAAGAAGACCAAACAGGAGUUAAUGAAGAUGAUUCUGACAUCCCAGCUGUUGUUCCUUUAUCUGAAUAUGAUGCAGCAGAACAAGAGAAAAUUGAAGCCCAACAAGCAAAAAACAUCAAAGCAGAAAAAACAAGUCUGCAUGAGGAGAAAUCUGAUCAAGUAGAAGGUCUGAAAACAGAGGAGACAAUUGAAGGACUGGUUCAUGCAGUUAGUGUGACUGUUGUAGAGGGGGAAAGAGCAGUUACAAGUAUUGAAGAAAGGUCACCAUCCUGGAUUUCUACUAAAAUCACAGAACCUGUUGAAGAAGCAUCAGAUCAGCCAAAACAACAGACUGAGAUAUUUGAAAAAGAGGUCCUUGUUGAAAUACCUGUUGCUAAAACCUUGCCAGAUAUAAAAGACACUAGCAGUGAUAUGAUUGUUAGUGAGCUAGAGUUAACUUCUGAAGCAGUGACAGCUCCAGAAGAGGCAACAGAAAUAACCGAAGCCUCUUGUGCAGAAGAGACUACUGAAAUGGUUUCUGCAGUUUCACAGUUGACUGACUCUCCUGAUACUACAGAAGAAGCUACACCUGUGCAGGAGGUUGAAGAUGACACACCAGAUUUAGAAACUCUAAAGCAACGAACUCAGGAAAUAAUCCAGGCAGUUAUAGAAAAAGUUAAGCAAUCUGAAGAAACUGAGAUUACAGAAACGAUUAUUUCAGGGGACACAAAAACAGUUCAGAGUCUUGAAACUAAAAUACCAGACAAAGUGAAUGAGAAAAAAGCUGAACAAAGUAGUGAUCACCCAGAGAUCAGCUUAGAAAUUGGAGAAGCAAUUGGGUUAGAUAACACUAAAGUGAUGCAUGCUGAGGUGCAAGAACAGGUACAAGGAACAAAAACUGAAGAUAAAACCAUUAAUGAUGGCCAACAAGAAAUAAUUGAACAAACACCUUCAAAAACCUUACAUAAGUUUAAUGAAGUUGAAAGGAGUUUAGAAGUGAAGGAAUGUAGAACAUACAAUGAUUUUACAACUUAUCACGUUGAGAGUACAGGCAUUGAGACAUCACAAAUUCCAAUGAAACGGAAAACACCAGUUGAAAUAAAUAUAGAUGGAGGUACUCUCCUGGUACAUUUUGAAGAUAUAAGUAUAAAACAGCAAGAAGGCAGUGAUGGUGAUUCUGCACCUGCAUUAGCAUCUGAAAUUGUAGAAACAACAGUGGUCACUGUAUCAAGUGAUAAACCUCCAGAAAGUCCUGGUUUCCAGUCUUCACAGGGAAAUAAAGAACAAUCUAAAGUGGAAGAGAAACAGAUAGUUACACAAACAUUACAGAACAUUUCAGGAACUGAAGUGGUGCAAGAUUCAGGUCCCAUUGUUGAUCAGGAAAUGAAAGAUACAAACAUUGCAAAAGAACCAAUCUCUUUAGACAUGGAAGUGAUGGAAUUAUCUGAUCAGACCAACAUACACCAAGUUGAACUGAAAGAUGAAAAAGUUACUGAAGAAGAGAUUGCACUUCAAAAUCGAAUCAGUUCUCACUCAGCUUCAGUGGAAGAAAAGGUCUUGGUUCAGGAAGAGACAAUAUCCUCAGAAAUUCUCAAAAUGCAGUGCUCUAAGACUCAAAAAACAUCUUUACCAUUAACAGCUGCAACAAUAGUAGAAGAGGCUAUAGCAGAAGCUGUCAAACUUUCAGAAAUAUCAGUUGAAACUCUGGAUUCUGUAAAUGUUCAAUUAGUAACUGAAAAAAUACCCUCUGAAAGCCUGAAAGACUCUGAUAUUGCUUGGAAAGACCAAGCAAGACUCAUGGAAAAGCAGUCUCUAACAGAAUCUGUAUUUCAAGAAAAAGCAGAAACAGUUGUGGUAUCUGCUACUACAGAGACUACCAAAAGUUCUGGUUUCAUAAAAACACCAAAAGAAGAGUCUCAGAAACUCUCAGAUGCAGCCAGUGUUGAAGUUGUUACUCAGGUAGUCGAACCAACUCUUAGCCAAGUAGAACAUGGAAAGGAUGAAGAUACGUUGCACAUCAAAACCCAGAAUACCUUAAUUGUACACAAUGUUAUUCAGACUGCUGUUGAUCAACUUGGUAAUGACAAAGAUCUAAGCACUCAAACUUUUGCACUUGAUGCAGAAGGUCAGGCUCAGAUAAGAAAAUCUGAAGAGAAUGUAUCUGAAAGAGAUGAAAAUGAACUGAUAGCACAGCGUGAAAUUAAAUAUUUUACAACUGAAGACUUAGGGCGAGCAGCUUUUGAGCAAACUUCAGAAACUCUAAUUUUUGAUAUUUACAAAGAUGCCUCUUUUUCUGAAAGUUUUGAAAAUAUAGUGGCCGUUGAGGUACAGACAUCUGAAGAAGCCAUUGAAACAAAGAUUGGACCAGAAUUUGACAGUGCAAUGUCAGGAGAAGUAUCUGAUAAGCUAAAAUAUGUACCUAAAAGAGAAACUGAAGACGACAUUUUAUUUGAAUAUUCAGAUGACCCAAAAUUAGUACCAAGAGAAAGUUAUGACAUAGACCUAUGCAAAGAGUCCUUAGAUUUCAAUGGACCAAAACUAAAGGAAACUGUCCAGGGUCUGGAAUGCCAAGAAAGACUAGUAGUUCAGAUAGAAAAAGAAAUUUAUAACCAGUCAGUAGAAGAUAUCAAAACACAGACACAAGAAGAGGUACAUAAAAAUGAUGAGCCUUGUGAGUCUCCACCGAAAUCGGCACCGAAGGGAUCCUGAGGCAUAAUUUAAUUCAGAAUGUGUAUCGUAGGACCAGAAUGUGAAGAAGGCCAUGUAAGAAAGUGAAGGCUGCUGCUGAUUAGACUCAAGACUAAUGUUCCUGAUCUGUGAGAACAGAAGAUUAGGUCUUACUACCUGAAGCCAUUCCUAGAGAGCCACUGACAACCCUGAGACAUCAGGAGCUAUACUCAUCAUUCUUUUAAGUUUGGAUGUUAACGUGUCAUUUCCUCUUUUUGAGACAUUUCUCUUCUUUUCACUUUUCACAUCAUGUGAUGUUUCUGAUUUAAUGACCUUACUUCUGAACCUUGAGAGGAGUUGGAAACAUUUAGUUUCUUAUAUUCCCAAACUUAGUUUAAAAUUCUUCCAAAACUGGAGUGUAAUUCUUUGUGUAUUUAUAUGUAUAUCUUAAAUAAACUUUGUUCUGUUUUUAUUGUAUAUUUUCCUUCACUUCCUGGUUAAGGAGAUAGUCUAUCAUACAUUAUUUGAAGUGCUGGAUGCACAUGACUAUAGUAAAGCCUUGUGGAGUUUUGAGCCACAAGCAAACAAUAAAUGAGGCUUCGUUUGCGACUUUCAUGAGAAAUCUUCCUACUUCAAAGGAAUAAUUCCUACUUUAGAUAUUCAUUCAUGCUUAUUUCCCCAUUUCUAUCAUUACUCUGAAAGAGCGGCUCUUUCACUCUGUAGAGUGAAAAUUUGUGGAAGAGAGUCAGCUUGCUGAUGGAUUUGCUUUAAGCUCUGGUGAAAGUUGUCAGGAAGUCUCAAGAAUUUCGAAUUCUGCAAAUUUUUAGGUCCUCCUUGAUCAUUUCAGAAUGGAUAUUUAGACAUGAAUGUGUACUGAGCAAAAGAAAAAUGUUUUUGAUGUUACAGAGAAAAGAAUACAUUGCUUAAAGUUUUUAGAUUCUAUUGUUCUUGUAUCCUGAAUCAUAUCUACAUACACACAGCAUGAAAUAAGACAAGUGCUUUAGAAAGUGGUUUUUGAUAGAUAUUAGAUUAUGUCUUCUCCAUGUGUAUAUAUAUAUGCCCACUUGUCUUAACAGUGUUUCAUUAUGUUCAUAUACAUUUGGUAAACUGUGAUUUGACAAGUGAUUUAAAUAAAAUAUUUGCUUACA